AUGACUAGAUUAGGAUUCCUGCGACUGUCCUAUGAGAAACAGGAUACUCUCCUGAAACUGCUCAUCCUGUCGAUGGCAGCGAUUCUCUGUGAGUAUAAGUGUGAUAUUCCAGGGAUUAUAUAAACACAAUGUUUUAAAGUUAGGCCUGCAUGCUCUGCAUUGGGAGCUUGUCUAUUUGACUAAAUGUGGAAGAGGAAUACUGCACUUUGAUUGGAUUCUGCUUCUCUCUUGUUGAUGUGUUUUUUAUUUUCUUUUUCUUCACAGCCUUUUCCACCAGGUUAUUUUCUGUUUUGAGGUUUGAAAGCGUCAUCCAUGAGUUUGAUCCGUAAGUGCAAUUUAACUCUUGUCAUAUUGCUUGUGUUCGGUGUGUGGUUAAAGUGAAAUAUUUGCAGUAAAACUGUAAUAUGUGAUAUUUAAAAUGGAUCAAACAGAGUGUGCCAAUUUGUUUUUAAUGUUGCUUAGUGAAAUAGUCUCUCUAAGCAACUUCGAUGGAAAAAUGCAUCUGUAAGAAAGAUGAAGAUAAUAUUUUUAUGUGCCAGAUCACAAUUCCUGCAAGAAUUGGGAAACACAUUUGGAAAUAGGAUUGCUGUACAUUGUCUGUGCAUAUGGGGGUUCUGAAAGGUCCAUGUCCCCCAAAGGAGAGUCUACAGCAAGCUGCACAUGUUUGCUGUGCGUCUCUCAUACAAAAGAGUAAAAAGCUGGUGUGCAAUGAAACUGAAACAUUCUGGGACUUCCAAUCAUCCCCACAAAUAUUUCUCAUUUAUUUUUCUCAUGUAUGAUAAAUUCAUAGUGGGCUAUUGUGCAGGUUCUUUGCUCUUUAAAUCCCAUUAACCUCAGCUGGGCUGUUGGUUUUAUGGGAUAUGUCUAACACUUGUGAGCCUUUGUUUAAAGGUCACAGGGGUUUUGACUCCAAAAGGUACUUUCAUUGGUGAACACGUUUUCCUGUGUGUUUCAUUAUUCAUAGACUAUUAGAAACAAGGUUAGUACUGCCUUGGAUUGUCCAUUUUGUUUAAACUCUGUUUGACUUGACAGUUGGCGCUCACCGGUAUGUCUCCCAGGACCAUAUUUGUGGAUCUCUGUUUAAAUAUGGGAAGGCCGGUUGCUUAAAUUGAACACUAUGGGUACCCAAACCACUUCAGCUCAUUGAAGUGAUCUAGGUGCAGUGUCUCAGUCCCAUUUAGUACAUUGCAGUUUUAGAAAAAUUGCAAUGAUUUAAAUUUCAGGACUAAGAUUGCAUCUAGCGGCUGUCAAACAGCAAUUACAGGCACUUCCUGGUGGCUAAUCGACUUUGGUUAUCUGACACACUGUAUGAGAAUCCCCACAGGAAAGCAUUGCAGCAAUGCCUGGGGGGUGGGAGGCCAGAGGGAACUAUAGUAUAAGGAAUACAAAGUUAUAUUCUUUACUCUAUUGAAUCCCUUUAAACUCAGAUAUGGGGUUAGUCAGACUAAACAUUGAACGUUUUUCCUACUCUAGGUCAUCUGGUGAUUCUUCUUCCAAUUAAAAAAACUCCCCUUUUAUGUUGUGUUUUUAUAUCCUUCAUCUUGUGCAUCUUACGUUAAUCUUUUAUAAAAGUUGUGUAAAGGACCUCAAUGAAAGGGUCCAAGUGCAGUGCUCCUGUCAUUUUAACCCUUCAUUGUAAUAAUUAGUAUGUAGGGUUAAAUCCACAUCUCGUGUCUGCCUUCCUGACAGCCACUAGAGGCUGUACUUGCAUAUCUCGUCCACCAGUGCUCAUCUAUGAUGGUGAGAGACGUCAGCACUGCAGGUAUGCUGACGAAAAUAGAGGUUGAGCAAGUGGGUCUAGCUGAGGAGAUAUGGAAGUUAACAUCUGAUUUGAAAAAAAAUUUUUUAUUUUUUUUGCAGGUUGUUUGAGUCACAGUUAGAAUUUAAUUCCUACAUUUCAAAGAAUUGAGCAGUGAGGUUAAAGGGAUACUAUAGUCACCAGAACAACUUCAGCUUAAUCUAGUCGUUCUGGUGUCUACAGCCUUUAUUUGUUGCAUAAAUGAUCCCAAAGGAAGGGCUGCCUGUCUGGUUUUACAGAGCUUUCUGAACAAGAUCAAGGAAGCAUGCUUUACCAGUUUUUUUUGGCCUUUGAUGUGAAGUUUGUGCUCCCUACCCAGUAAAUGAAUCACAUGUGUGACAUAAAACAAUCAAUUUAUUUCUAGGUAGUAAUCGCUCAAAUGUAGUGUACUGUCACCCAGGGUUAAAUAGAUGGAUGCAAAUUUCAGGAUCUAGACAGAUGGUAAGGGCCCAGCUUGCGUUUAUAUAAUAUUAAUUUAAAACACAAUUUGUUGCAUCCAAUCUCUGUGGAUUUUAGAAAUGCAGCAAUUUGUAAAAAUCCUAUGGCUAUACGCCCACCUCUUGGAGCAGACAUAUCAGGAGGAACGUUCAAGACUUAUUUUGCAGUCUCGGAUGGAGUUGGACGGAACGCUCUCUGUGCUCAGCAGUGCAUUGUAAUAAGGGGGGAAAGACUUGUCUGAUUUGGUGGUGCAUUGUAAUAAGGGGGGAAAGUCUUGUCUGCUUUGGUGGUGCUAUAGUAACGGGGCAAGGCAUCCUCUGCAGGACCACAAUAGUAAGGGGGGCGUAUCCUAUGGUGAUACAUUAUGAUAAGGGGGCAGACUUUCAGAUCUGGAGUGCAGUGUGAUAAAGGGAUAUUCUAUUAUCCGUGGAGUAUAUUACAAUCGGACAAACUGUCAGCUGUUUGUUUUUCAUUAAGUGUGGAUAGUCUGUCAUAUCUGAGGGUUCAUUUUGUAAAGGGGGAAAGACUGUUAGCUCAUUGGGUGAAUUCUGAUAAGGGGGCAGUGUGUCAGCUUUGGGAUGCAUUUUAAUUAGGGGGCAGUCUGUCCGUAUACUAGCAGACUCAGUUUGUGCGAUUUAAAGGGUGCAUUGCAUGGUUGUUGCACUCAGCCUGGUUACAAUCUCGUAAAAUGGGCGAUGUAUAGCACCACAUGGAACAGCUCCACUUAUCUGGUGGGAUGAUAGGAGAUAAGUUACAAUUUCCAUAAACCUCCUGAUCAAAAUAGAAUUAUGGGAUAAUGGAAACGCCCUAUAGGCCAGAAUGAGUGGCUUCUGAUUGGUUUAGCCCCUUCCUAGUAAAGGAGUUUUUAGAUUUAAAGUGUUGGGUCAGUCCCUGCCUGCUGUGUCCUUUUAAUGUUCAGUUUUUGUAAAUAUACGGUGUCUAAACCUGCAGAUCUGCUUUGUCGUUGACUAUGUGAGGAGGUGGGGGCUGAUUUUGGACAGCCCUGAUGAGGAACAGAAAGUUUUUUUUAUAUAAGCUUCCAAAGGACAUUUAUCUGUGUAUUUGCAAAUAAUUAGAAGUUCAUGACAGCCAAAUUCUAAUGAUCAGUUUGACAGAAAUGAAUUGCUGUAACUAUGUGUUUAUUACUGUUCUAGGUAUUUCAAUUAUCGGACCACAAGGUUUCUGACAGAGGAAGGUUUUUACAAAUUCCAUAACUGGUUUGAUGACAGAGCCUGGUAUCCACUUGGCAGGAUUAUCGGGGGUACCAUCUAUCCAGGUAUCUGUUUAAUAUUAUUAAAGCCUUGUUAACACUGAGCACACCUUGUUUGCAUAAGCAUUAAACAUAUAAAGUUGUGCAUUUAACACAUUUUUUUUUAAACCUUUGGGAAAAUACUUCUUGUGAACACUUGAUUUCCUGGCAAGCUGUUCAUGUUAAUUUAUUUUUUAAGAUCCCUGCUUGUGCAGGGCCCACUCAUUGUCUGAGGAUGUCUCACCAGGUGCAUGAAGAGAAGGUGCAAUAUCUCCCUGGCUGACCCCAGAUAAUCCAGUUUGACUACUUGCCCUUGGAGGGUACCAAGGCACUGCUGGUAUGGGCUGGAGUAGUUACGGUGCUUGGAUUGUUCAUUUUAAAGGGACACUAUAAUUACCACAACAACUUUAGCCUAAGAAGCAGUUUUAGUGUAUAGAUCAUGCCACUGCAGUCUGAUUGCUCAAUUCUCUGCUAUUUAGGAAUUAAAUAACUUAAUGCAGCCCUAGGCACAACUUCCUGCAUGUGACUUACUCAGCAUUUCUAAUCCCUUCUUGUAAAGAGUCAUCUAAUGUUUACACUUCCUUUAUUGAGCAUUCUGUUAAAUUUAGAAUGUAUUAUCUCCUGCUCUGUUGAUAGCUUGCUAGACCCUGCAGGAGACUCCUGUAUGUAAUAAAAGUUCAAUUUACAGAGCAGGAGAUUAAAACUUUUAAAGUAAGUUACAUCUGAUUAAAAAUGAAACCAUUUUUGUCUUCAUGCAGGCUGUGUCAGUCACAGCCAGGGGAGGUAUGGAUAGGGUUGCAUGGACAGAAACAAAAGUGAUUUAACUCCUAUAGAAUGUAAGCUUGAUUGAGCAGGGUCCUCUUCAACCUAUUGUUCCCAUAAGUUUUUUGUAAUUGUCCUAUUUAUAGUUAAAUCCCCCUCUCCUAAUAUUGUAAAGCGCUACGGAAUCUGUUGGCGCUAUAUAAAUGGCAAUAAUAAUAAUAUUAACUCCUAAGUGGCAGUGAAACUUCAGAGGCAUGACCUAUACACCAAAAUUGCUUCAGUAGGCUAAAGUUGUUCCUUUAAGAUCAGCAAUUUCAUACAAUUGCAAUAAGCAGAAUAUAGAUAUCUGGAGUCUGAAGGGCACAUUCUUGGGUGGUCUACAAGGUAGAUCUUAAUGUACAUGCUGUUGAUACAGUCUUGGUCAGGUACUUAUGGUCAAGUUCUUGUUUUGUAGAAUCCUAAUACUGAUGAGCAGCUUCUUGAUUUUGACUUUUUUUUUUUCAGAUACUGUUAAACUGUAAAUUUUAGACUUUGCUGAGUCUUGCAGUUGACACUUCGCUAUGUGAAUUAAUAAAGGGACACUAUAGUCACCAGAACAACUAAAGCUUAAUGUAUAGUAAACAGCUUAUUGUAGUUGUUCUGGUGGGUAUAGUCUGUCCCUGCAGGCUUUUUAAUAUAAACACGAGAGAAAAGGCAGUGUUUACAUUACAGCCUAGGAACGCCUCCAGUUACCACUCCUGAGACGGCCACUAGAGGUGCUUCCUGGGUUAGUGCUGCACAGUGUACAGAUACUGAACUUUCCUCAUAGAGAUGCAUUGAUUCAAUGUAUCUCUAUGAGGAGAUGCUGAUUUGACCAGGGUGACAUUUGUUGCCUUCCUGCUCGCCUCGUUUGCUGAGAUCAUCAGAAGUGACCAUCUCAGCCAAUCCAAUGCUUUCCUAUGGGGAAGCAUUGUGAUUAGCAGAGGCCAUAAGUUCAGAGGUCAGCCAAAGGAGGGGCAGGGCUUGUACCGGUGGACUUGUGUAGUGCUGGAAAUAAGGUGAGUUUUUACUAUAUUCAGGGGGGCUAAAUAGUGGUUUUAACACUAUAAAGUCAGGAAUACACGUUUGUAUUUAAUGCUACAUCACUAAUUGGGAACACUAGUUUGAUGGCCAUUCCGUGUGUCUCCUCCUCCUUCCUGGCCCCUCCGUGUGUCUCCUUCCCUGCCCCUCUGUUUGUCUCCUCCAGGGCCCCUCCAUGUGUCUCCUCCCCCUCCCAGGGGGGCUUUUCAGUUUAUGCUGUUUGAAGAGGGUUUUUUGCUGACCAUUUGAUCUGUCUUUCUGCAGGUUUGAUGAUAACUUCAGCUGCUUUUUACCACAUUCUGCACUUCUUCCACAUCACCAUUGACAUCAGGAAUGUGUGCGUCUUCUUGGCUCCUCUCUUCUCCUCCUUCACAACCAUCGUCACAUAUCAUCUGACAAAGGAGCUGAAAGUACGUCUUUGCUGCAAAAUGAAUGUCAUUAUAUAAGCUGCCAUGAUUAACUUGGUAUAGGACUCGAGCUGUGUUUGAGAUGAACAGGCGCUAACAUGCUCAGCCUAUCACUGCCUGAUACUUCCCCCUUCCUGCUCGUUACAUUGGGGGAGCAAAGAAGGGAACAAGAAUACUGCCUGGCACUCGCGGAGUAUUAAACCGUUCAAACUGAUCCAUUUCCUAUCCUUAGCUUCGUUUUCUUCAUACUGCCCUAUACUGCACUAAAUAGGUUCUUAUCAGAUUCUGUAAAUACAUUUAAAAAGCCUUGGAUGCUUUUUUGCAUAAACAUAAUAUUUACAGAUAUAAUUGAUAUGUAUGUAAACAGGUUGUUGAUCCAAGGAGAAAUCUGCCAUUACAUUUUUUUCCCUUUUUAUGGAAAUGGCAAAAAUGGGGUGUUUCUGCCUUCUUUUGGAUCAACAGUGUUUUAAAGAAUAUGUUUCCAGAUUAAACUUGAUGGACUUUAGUCUUUUUUUUUUUUUUUUAAGGCAGUGAGACAGCUACUAGAGGCUAGAUUAACCCUCAGUGAAACAUAGCAGUUUCUCUGAAACUGCUUUGUUUUCAGCUGCAGGGUUAACACUAGAGGGACCUGGCACUCAGACCACUUCAUUGAGCUGAAGUGGUCUGGGUGCCUAUAGUGGUCCUUUAAGUAUACAUUUUUACCUGAAAUCAUUUGUAGUGGUUAUGGUGCUUAGUGUUCUUUUAAGUUAACCAAGUCUUAAUGACCGAAUAGAGGUGGAAUGGCGAAUGGGUAAAAUUGGGUUUAGUCAUUUGUACCCUCUGUUGAUAACUAAGCACUGAUUAUUGCUCUGUGACGGAAGCUUGGUCUGGUGUCGUGUGCUCUGUUUUUAUACAGACAUUUUGUGUACAAAAAUAGUGAUGUUUAGACCUGUGCACAAAUCCUUUAACUGCGACAAAUGAAUCUAUUCUUGUUAAGCUAAGCCCAAAAUAAUUGAUCUAUCUCUAAUUUAUGAGAUGGCUCAAUUCGUUUAAAUGUAGAUUAACAGGAAUUUGAUUUGUAUGUCACAGGUGAAGUCUAGUGAUAAUUAUACUUCACAACGAGAGAAAUCUCAAUGUAUCCUUCAUGGCAAAAUAUUUUAUAACUAAUUAACUGCACACUCACCAUUUAUAAAUAGCACGUUUAUAUGACAAAAAUGUGGAACUCAACAGUUUUUAUCACUCUUGCAGGACUUUAUAUAUUUGGUUUAUCGCACAGCAAAGCGGUUAUUUUGUUUGCAGUUAAGAUAUACUGUUUGUUACUGUGUUGAAUUAAGGAGCAAUUGUCAAGCUGAUAUCCAACCUUUCUUUCUGCUCAGGAUGCUGGUGCUGGCCUGUUGGCUGCUGCCAUGAUUGCUGUUGUUCCUGGUUAUAUCUCUCGGUCCGUGGCUGGAUCCUAUGACAAUGAAGGUAAGAGAGAACAAUGAACAUGGAGCAGUAGGCAGACUUGGGAAAGGCUUGUGUAAGAGUCGAAUGUGAUGGUAAAUUGUCUUGAAUCCCCAGACAUUACUGAGAUAAAAUUGGUGUCUUUCAGAUAACACACGUCUUAAUACACUGCCUGUCUUACAAUAGGUGUACUUUAUAUUGAGUUGGGCUAUGUUCUGUUUGUGGUGCUGACACAUGAGGAUUAUUUUAAGUUUUCUGAUUUCUUUCAAGGUAUUGCUAUUUUCUGCAUGCUUCUCACCUACUACAUGUGGAUCAAGGCCGUGAAGACUGGUUCCAUAUACUGGGCAGCCAUGUGUGCGCUGGCGUAUUUUUACAUGGUGGGUAUUUACAUCAAUUUGUAAUAUUUCUGUAUAACUUGGAGGAAUUCCACAAGCAUAUCCAGAAAUCAGAGUACUGUCAAGACAAAUCUGACGUGGCUCUGGUAAAGUAUGAAAUCUUUUUUCUUUUUACUGAAUGUAGGAACUUUUUUUUUUUGUUUGUGAUCCAGGUUUCCUCUUGGGGCGGUUACGUGUUUUUGAUUAAUCUAAUUCCUCUUCACGUGCUUGUUCUGAUGUUCACUGGCCGAUUUUCGCACAGGAUUUACGUCGCUUACUGCACCGUAUACUGUCUGGGGACCAUUCUGUCCAUGCAGAUCUCAUUUGUGGGGUUCCAGGUGAGAAUGGAAAGGAAUAACAUGCAAAUUGCUCCCUUUGUAAAACAAAACUGUUAAAGAAAAAUUAAGCACCAUAACUAGUACAUGUGCUUCUGACCCUUGACAGUGGAGAGAGGCAGGGAGCAGUGACUACAUUGGGGGGCUACCAGUUGCACUCCUGGCCCCAUAACCACACAUGCUUAAACACAUUAAAGGAGUACAUUUUUGUGUUCCCUUAAAUGAUCACUCUCUCUAUACCACCAAUCCUUGGCAGCUCGCACUAGUUAACUGUGAACCCUUGGCAUGAGAGGGUUCCUUCCAGGAAUGCUUAGUUUGUCUUUAUUGUCCUGAAAGACAGCUACAUUUGUGGGCAAGAGGGGGCAGAAGUGGUUCCUUCCUCCAUCUCGGUGAACUUCUCUGCCACAUAUUCAGUAUUUCUUAUUCAAAGACUGAAUGGUUUUAUACAAAAUAUAACCACUACAGCGUUAUUAUAAGUGAAACUUAUUGUGCCAUUUUAGCUCAUUGUACAUGUUCUGGUGCAGUGUCGAUUUGGCCAAAUUAUAUCUCUGAGCACCUAAAUACCCCAUCCUUGUUCCUCUGUGGCAGCUCAGCUACGGCGGUCCAGCUUUGGGCAGCAAUGAUUGGCUGAGAGCUUAGGGCAUCAUCAAUACUGUCUGAGGUAGAAAGGCUAGUGUAAAUGUGGACUCCUUAACCCCUUAAGGACACAUGACGUGUGACAUGUCAUGAUUCCCUUUUAUUCCAGAAGUUUGGUCCUUAAGGGGUUAAGGUGCUGAAAGAGAUCAAACAGCUUGACAAAAACUGGGGUGAUUCUGCCCAAAGACACUUUGCACCAUAACUUGUACAAUGUGAUGCAGUGUUGAUGGUGCUUAGGUCAUUGGUCCCCAAUGCAGUCCUAAAGGAUUACAAACAACCUAGGUUUUCUCUGUAUCUGUAGAUAUAAUAUUAAUAUAGCUGAACUGAGAGAUUGUAAACCCUGGACUGUUAGGGCUGGCUUGGGAUCCACUGGCGUACAGUGCGGCUUAAACCUCUGAAAUUUGUAAUUGGCCUUGUUACUGCCUGCUCACUGCUGUCAGUAAGUCUAUAACAAAGUACACUUUAUCCCUCGCAGCCGGUGCUGUCGUCUGAACAUAUGGCAGCUUUUGGUGUCUUUGGUCUGUGCCAGAUUCAUGCAUUUGUGGAUUACCUGCGGAGUAAGCUAAACCCCCAGCAGUUUGAGGUUCUGUUCCGCAGUGUCAUCUCAUUGGUGGGAUUUGUCCUUCUUACAGUUGGUGCUGUGCUCAUGCUUACAGGUAAGUGCCUGUCAGACUAGCCUACAGAUAACUGGUACAGGUGUUUGGGAUUGGGCCCCAAACCGAGAACCAUUGCUAUAGUUUCUCACUUUCUCACCCCACAUGUCCCCUCCAUAGUAUGUGCUGGCUGCAUGUAACAUGCAUGUGUUUAUUGUCCUUAGUAUGUAUGUGUGUGUAUGUUUUGACCCCUCCUGCUUACUUUUAUGUCCCUGGAUCCUUGGUGUUCGAUUAGUAGAGCAUGUGGACUGCACUUUAGUGUACAGUCUAGGGAACCUGACAGCUGCACCGUAAAUCAUUAACCAAGUAUUUGGAUAGCAAGGAAGCACUUGUGAUAACAUUUUACAUGAAAUGCUUCAUUUUCAUUUAAUGUAUAUUAAACAUUUAGCAAAUGACUUCAUAUUCCAGUACAAACAAGGCACAGUCAGGACACACAUUAUAAAUGAAGAUGAAUAAAAACAUUGUUGCACAUUCUAGGCACAUGGCCAGGUAUAAAGCAUAUGGAGCUAAGAUGGAGGUGCCCAGUUGAAGGAUAAAAGAGGUGAUUUCUCCGUUUAAUUUUAUAUUUCACAUCUCACAAACACGUUUGUAAAAAAUAAUAUAACAAAUUCCGGGGACGUUACCGUUCACCUCUAAGACCUUCAUAACAGGGCUUCUUUAAAGUUACAAUUUUCAUUAUUCCUCUUUUUAUAGCUUCUUGUUCUCUCCCCUCUGUUACAGUCAGUAGUAGUUGGAGACAGUUUGUUUUACCAUUUGUGCAGUUAAUGGUGCUUUCCCAUAAAUCUUUGUUUAUUUCCCUUAUUAAUUCUGGUGACGCAUUUCUGAAUGAUCUCUUGUAUUUUAGGUAAAAUCUCUCCAUGGACUGGACGGUUUUACUCCCUGCUGGACCCGUCUUAUGCCAAGAACAACAUCCCCAUCAUUGCCUCUGUGUCUGAACAUCAGCCUACCACAUGGUCCUCGUACUACUUCGACCUGCAGCUGCUGGUCUUCAUGUUUCCAGGUUUCUAUUGUUUUGGCCUUUCUUACUAACCUGCUUUUUAAUUAUUUUCACUUUGUGCUGAUUAUAUUUUAGAGGGAUAUAUUCGCCUCCUCUUACUUUUUUAAGUGUUUGCAUUGUUUUAUUAUCUGUCUGGGAAUAUUUUGGGGCUUUUGAUUGUUUUGCUGUGUUUCGUAGUGAGGACCUGGUUUAUGACUGAAUUAUUCUGCGUUUUUUUUUCUUUUUUCCUCUCCAUAGUUGGCCUGUAUUACUGCUUCAGUAACCUGUCGGAUGCUCGCAUAUUCAUUAUUAUGUAUGGCGUGACUAGCAUGUACUUCUCCGCUGUCAUGGUAAGAGAGUUACCUACUUUUCUCCUUUGGACAGGUCUGCUGAGUCCGUUUUGCUCUGUGUAGGACAGGCCUAUGUGUCUUAAGUAUAGUUUAUAUCAGUUUUUCCAUUAAUCCUUGCUUGUCAAUGCCUCACACCCUGCAGGGAUAAUAACGUACAUUAUAAUUGAACACAUACAUAGCUUCCUUCACACCCUGCAGGGAUAAUAACGUACAUUAUAAUAGAACACAUACAUGGCUUCCUUCACACCAUGCAGGGAUAACGUACAUUAUAAUAGAACACAUACAUGGCUUCCUUCACACCCUGCAGGUAUAACGUACAUUAUAAUAGAACACAUACAUGGCUUCCUUCACACCCUGCAGGGAUAAUAACGUACAUUAUAAUAGAAUACAUACAUGGCUUCCUUCACGCCCUGCAGGGAUAAUAACGUACAUUAAAAUAGAAUACAUACAUAGCUUCCUUCACACCAUGCAGGGAUAUUAAAGUAUAUUAUAUUAGAAUACAUACAUAGCUUCUUUCACACUCUGCAGGAAUUGCAUUUCUUUAUGGUAAAAGGAGAGGUAAAUAUUUUUUCUGUUAAAAUCUGUGGCGGCCUGCUCCUAGGUGACUGUAGUGUUGCCGCCAAGGACUCCCUUUCCCUCUUAGUGAUUAGCUCCUGAAUGAAUAUAGCCCAUCCCUAGUCAUUUGCCAAGGAUUAAUGUAAGGAUGAAACAAGUGUGAAUGUUGCAUUUUUAUACCUGGGUUGCCAGGAGAACAAUAUAUGAUGGUCCAGGCACUGAAGGUAAACCCAAAGUGAGCAGAUUUAUUGGAGCAGAUGAAGGCAAAGUGUCAUCCCACAACAUCACCUUUGUCAAGCUUGCUUCGAGCAUCCUCUGAUUCGAAGUAGAGUUUCACAGUGCUGGGUGGAAUGUCAUAGUCACUUUUGCUGACUGGGCUCUCAGUCGAUCCAUUCAGAUCCCUCUAGUCCUUGGUGGUGUUCGAUACCUCACCACCUCCGCUUUCAUCCCUCCAAAUUGUUCUCUGUUUGGUGGUCUUGGGACCUAAAGCGACUUUCAUAAGGUUUGACCUGAUCGCAGCAACUCCGCAAUCCGCUCUGAAGUUCCAGGAGAUUUGUGAGUUGCUCCCAGUCAGGCACGCCAUGCCUCUGCGAGUUUCCCACUGGUCUCUGGGAGGCACAAUCUGGAGAGGGGAAGAGUGUGUGAAAAUAGUCUCUUUGGGAGAAGAGAUAGGAGCUCUGUACAAGUCCUGGGUGACGGAGUGGUCUGUCACAAAAUCCUUAUCCACAAAUCGUAUUUGAAGGUUCUGUAAAUUUUACAUGGCUGUUGCCCUGGCAAUUCUCCUGAAUCACAGAUAUGCGGUGGCCCCUGGCCGAUUUGCAGUAUCCCAGUCUCCUUCUGUCUUGCUUUUAUAACGUCCGAAAUGUUGGGUUAAUUAGUUCAUAUUUCAAGACCUAUAUUUUAUAGUCUCAUCCUUUCUCUUCUAGGUGCGUCUGAUGCUGGUUCUGGCUCCAGUCAUGUGUAUCCUGUCUGGUAUUGGGGUAUCUCAGGUACUAUCAACUUACAUGAAGAACCUCGAUAUAAGCCGCCCUGACAAGAAAACAAAAAAACAGCAAGAUUCCACCUACCCAAUAAAAAAUGAGGUGAGUCCCCACUAAGCAAUGUCCCGUUUGAGCACCACCACUAAAAACUAACAAUAACAUUGCCGUUAUUUAUCUGUCCUUGGUCCCCUUCUAUUAUCUCUUUUUACUGCCUCUCUUGGCAAACUUAUUACCUCAUUUGGAUUCCAAUACCACCUGUACACUGAUGACACCCAGUUAUAUCUCCCCUGCCGUCCUGCAACGUGUCACUGCUUGCCUUUCUUCCAUCUCUGACUAGAUGUCCUCCUGCUUUCUGAAACUUAAUCCCUCUAAAACUGAGCUCCUUGUCUUUCCUCCUCCUAAUACUGAUCCUCCUCUUUCGCUCUCCCUUCAAGUUAGUGGUAUCCACAUAAGUCCAUCCUUGCAAGCGCGCUGUCUUGGCGUCAUACUUGAUUCUGGCCUCACAUCCAACAUGUAAGUCCUGUAGAUUCCAUCUUACGCAAGAUGCUACUAGGGAGCUUGUCCAUGCUCUUGUAAUUUCCUGCAUGGAUUAUUGUAACCCUCUCCUAAUUGGUCUUCCCAAAAACUGUAUUGCCCCACUACAGUCUGUAAUAAAUGCCGCCGCCGCCAGACUGAUUUUCCUCUCUAGUCGGUCCUCUCACACCCCUGUCAGUCCUUACAUUGUCUUCCUGUAUCCUAUAGGAGUCAAUUCAAAGUGCUAACUAACCCAUACAUAUAAAGCAUUGACCAAUUCUAGCCCCUCUUAGAUCUCUUCACAGAUCCAUAGGUAUGCCCCUUCUCUGUCUCUCCGCUCUGCCCAUGACCUCCUGUCCGCUGCUCGCACCCGUACAGCCAACUCAUGCUUGCAGGACUUCUCGCGGGCGGCUUCCAUCCUAUGGAAAAGCCUGCCUACCGUCAUCAGACUCUCCCCUAGUCUUCAAUCAUUUGAGAAGAGCCUUAAAAUCCAUCUCUUUAGGAAAGCUUAUGGCCUCCCAGAGUAACAUCUACCUUACAUACCUGUCUCUUGCUCUCUCCUAUAGGGCAGUGCUUUACUCUCUCCCCCAGCUCUGCUUCACUCCCACCUUAUUUAGAUUGCUAUUUCCUGUCCUAAUGUGUGUUAUACCCCACCUCCUAUAGACUGUAAGCUCGUUUUAGCAGGGUCCUUUUCAACCUACUGUUCCUGUAAGUUUUCUUGUAAUUGUCCUAUUUAUAGUUAAAUCCCCCCUCUUAUAAUAUUGUAAAGCGCUACGGAAUCUGUUGGCGCUAUAUAAAUGACAAUAAUAAUAAUAAUAAUAAUAAUAGUCCAGUCGAAAUAAAGAAGAGUACCACCUGAUCAAAACUGGGCCAUUUUAGACCUCAAUUUAAUAUUUUUGGAUAAUUUAAUUGUUUAGUUUAUCCAAAAAUAGUAAAUCUGAGGCCUAGCUGCUUAGAUUAGAUACUGGUUACUGCAGUGAAAUUGUAUAAAUUUAGUCUAUGUGUAGAUAAAGCAGGACUUUUCUAAGAGAACUUUCUUUUUUAAGGGGGGCUGCGCAGAUCCCAUGUAUUACAUUGGAUAUUGAUUGUCAUUGUUACCUCUGCCACUUCCUCCUCCGUUAAAGCAUGUCUCUGUAUAUUGUGGUGUUCUUUGUCUUUACAUUCUUUUUAUAAUUUAGUUUUACAGACAUGGUCCGCAGCAUUCUAAACUAUGUGUGUGUUUGUUUUUAAGCUUUGAGUUGUGCAGUGCUAUUUCCAAUCGUGUAUUUUCCUCCUGUACAGGUCGCCAGUGGCAUGAUUCUGGUCAUGGCUUUCUUCCUGGUCACUUACACAUUCCAUUCCACAUGGGUAACAAGUGAGGCUUAUUCUUCUCCGUCCAUCGUGCUGUCUGCCCGGGGUGGGGACGGCAGCCGGAUCAUAUUCGAUGAUUUCAGAGAGGCUUAUUAUUGGCUGAGACACAAUACUCCAGAGGUAAGAAUCUACAUCCACUAUUGCUGGAGGUAUAUCUCUCUGACCUGUGUAUAGAGGGCACAUGUUGAUGUAGCCAGUGCCAGAUUUCCCAUUAAACAGAGUAGGCACCUACCUACAGCCACCUUUCCUCUAUGGGGUGUAUGUGUUCACCUUAUAAAGUGCUUUUUGGAGCCUUAGUGGUCUGGGGAGGGGGAGAUAAGUACCAGGAGCUUUGGCCAGUGUCCUCUGUACUCCAGUACUUCACUAACCGCCUCUCACACAGGAAAUGCCUUGCAGGAGGAACAGGGAUAGCAGUGAGUGAUGCACACUGUAUAACAGUUACAGCAGCUCUAAUAUAAUACAUUUUUUGGAAGGUGCGUGCUUUGCAAAUAGCCAUUGAAACUCUAAACACCAUUUUUUUCCCCUUUAACCUACAUUUGAUCCCUUCUAAAACCUAAACAAACUCUUUCCUUAGUCCCAUAUAUAAGCACUCAAAAAAUGUUUUUUGCCUUAAUCCGAGGUUUAACAAUCUUUAAAUGUGUAGAUUGGAUUAGCCGUAUUAGUCCCAUAGACAAGAUGCCAAAAUACCAAAGUAUUCCAGUAUGCGAUAAUAUUUCAAAGAUGGGCUUUCGAGAUUUUUCCUCUCUCCCUCAUGUCUGAAGCAAAACCUACCAGAUUGAUCAGUAUUAAGUGUUUAACUCUACCAGAUUGAUCAGUGUUGCUUCAGACCUGAGGAAGAGUGGUAAACUCUUGAAAGCUUGUCUUUGAAAUAUUAUGUUAGUCCAAUAAAAAAAGUUAUCAUUGCAUACUGCAAUACUCUGGGAUUUUGGCAUGUAUAAUACACACACACACACACACAGUGUUGUCAAUUUUGAGCUCAUGUGUUUUAGUUUUUUGCCUGUGAUUUUGCUCACCGUAUCUGCCUUUUAUUUGAGGUGGGAUAGGGAUCUGCAGCAGGGAGUGACUUAGAAUUUUGACAUUAAUCUGGCCGUGGGUGAAGUGGUGCCUUUAGUCCAAAGGAACCAUAACUACUGUGAUUGCAUGUAGUGGUUAUGGUGCUACUUUUAAAUGCAGUUCAGUCCACGAAUGCAAGUUUUCAGCUCUCUCUGGUCUUUCACCUUGUGUACUUGGGGUUCAGGCUAUGCUGAUUGUUGUUCAUUAUUACACUGUUACAUUGCUCUGUUUUGAUAAUUUUGUAUUCUCAGGAUGCAAAAGUGAUGUCAUGGUGGGAUUAUGGUUAUCAGAUAACUGCAAUGGCGAAUCGAACAAUCUUAGUGGACAAUAAUACAUGGAAUAACACCCACAUCUCCCGUGUAGGACAGGUAAGACCAGCUCCCAGUUUAACCCUUUCCAGUCUUUGAUGGAUCAGCCUGUGAAAAUUUUUAAUCUCUUGUCCCCCCCAAAAAAGGUAAAUCUAAUAGAGUAGUAAUUGUGCUCAUUCGUUUAAAUUCACUAAACAGUGAAUUGCAGGGACAUGCAAAAUUCAGACUUAACGUUUUCCAACUUGUCUGUAUUCCAAAAAAAAUUUUAAUUCAGUUUUCAGAUUACUUUUAACUUUCAUGCAGAAAAUAAGGCUUUUCUUGCCCUCUUGUUUGAAGAUUAGAGCGUGAUUUCUGAAGAGAUUCUGUACCAUGCAUGCUGUUACUGAGAUCCUGUUUUUUGCAGGCGAUGGCGUCCACAGAAGAGAAAGCGUAUGAGAUCAUGAGGGAGCUGGAUGUUAGCUAUGUGCUUGUGAUAUUCGGUGGUCUCACAGGAUAUUCUUCUGAUGGUAAAUUGUGUAUAUACAUAUAUAUGUGUGUGUGUGUGUGUGUUUUAUAUUCGUCAUUUGUGAGUGAAAUAUGCCAUGGACCCACCAGGCUUGCAAUGGCAGGCUGGCUUGUAGUGUAGGACUUGCAAGAGGUGUGUUUGUGGGUGUUUCUCCCCUCCCCUUUUUUUUUUUUAAUUGGAGUGUAUUGGAGUAGACACUUGCAGAAAUUAAAUAAAGCAUUUUUAUAUGACCAGGAAGCUGUGUUUAGUCAAUUCACACCAGACACCCUGCACAUUUAUUAACUUUGUUCUUCUAAUCUCCUUUUCAUAGAUAUCAAUAAAUUUUUGUGGAUGGUGAGAAUCGGUGGCAGCACAGAUACUGGUAAACACAUCAAAGAGCACGAUUACUACACUUCAACAGGGGAAUUCCGUGUGGACAGAGAGGGAUCACCAGUACUUCUGAAUUGCCUGAUGUACAAGAUGUGCUAUUAUCGAUUUGGCCAGGUCUACACAGAGGCCAGUAAGUGGAGGCAGAGCUGUUAUUGCUAUUAAAAACAUAUUAAUCCUUGUGGGUACUGCUCACAGGCUGCAAGCACUUUUCAAACUCCAGAAUUAUUUUCAAGAUACAUUGUGGGGUCAGAAUCCCUCUGUAAAUUACAAUGUUUUAAUGCUGACUAUUGUACCAUAAAGCGGCAAACUUUGAAUACCAUCAAACUAUUUAUGCUGAUUCCAUUGUUUGCAUCGAGACUUGGUAUUGCUGUCAAUCACUGGUGGAAGUUAUAUUCACAGUGGAUGAUGUGUGCCAUGAGUGAACUCUGUAUAUCUGCUUUUAUAGUGUAUUGAAUCUACUACUUUUUCUCCUGCAACAGAACGUCCACCAGGGUACGAUCGGGUGAGGAAUGCGGAAAUUGGAAAUAAAGAUUUCGAGCUUGAUGUUCUGGAGGAAGCUUACACCACAGAGCACUGGCUGGUCCGAAUAUACAAAGUAUGUUGUAUAACAAUAGCAUAUUAUCAAUUAUCUUUUCCAAAGCGGUUCAAUUUGACUGUCAGUAUGUGAAUUCAGAUCCAGAAGGUAGAUUUAUUAUUUUGGUUGGCUUGUUAGAUGGGAUGGAGUAUACAUUAGUAAACUUUUAUUUCCCUAAUAAAAAUCCGAUUAAUACUUUGACAAAAAUUUUAAGAUUUGUAGAUCGAGUUAAAAAAGGGAAAUUGAUGAUUUCAGGUGAUUUUAAUUGUAUACUGGAUCCCUCAAUAGACAAACAAUUGAACUCAGGUCAAACGAUUGAUAAAAACUUACUAAAACAAGCAGCCUCGAUAAAUAGAACUAUUAAACAAAUAUGAAUUGUAUGAUUGAUGGAGAUUACUCCACCCUAAUGAUAAAAAUUACACACACAGAUCUAUCCCGCAUAAGUCAACAGCUAGAAUUGACCUGAUCCUAGGGGAUAUUAAAUUAUCUAAUGCUAUCUCGUCAAUUAUAAUUAAAGAUAAUACAUGGUCAGAUCAUGACCUGCUGAUAGCAGAAGUGUUGGAUAGGAAGAAUAGAUCUAUGAUUUGGAAACUUAACAAUAUGCUAUUGAAGAAUAAGGCUAAUACUGAUUAUAUUGCAAAUCUAAUGUAGUUAUUUUUCAAAAAAAAUGUAACCCCAGAAUUGUCUAAUGAAUGUGUAUGGUGUUCUUUUAAGACAGUCAUAAGAGGAUACUUGAUUAAAGGACCACUCUAGGCACCCAGACCACUUCAGCUUAAUGAAGUGGUCUGGGUGCCUGGUCCAGCUAGGGUUAACCCAUUUUUUAAUAAACAUAGCAGUUUCAGAGAAACUGCUAUGUUUAUGAAUGGGUUAAGCCUUCCCCUAAUCCUCUAGUGGCUGUCUCAUUGACAGCCACUAGAGGCGCUUGCGUGCUUCUCACUGUGAUUUUCACAGUGAGAACGCAUAGCGUCCAUAAAAGCAUUGUAAAUGCUUUCCUAUGAACAAACUGAAUGCGCGCAGCUCCGCUUGGCGCAUUUAUUCAGCGGAGGAGGAGAGGAGGCAGAGAGCUCUCCAGGCUGGAAAAAGGUAAGUUUAAACCCCUUUCCCCUUCCAGAGCCGGGCGGGAGGGGGUCCCUGAGGGUGGGGGCACCCUCAGGGCACUAUAGUGCCAGGAAAACGAGUAUGUUUUCCUGGCACUAUAGUGGUCCUUUAAAAUAGCUAGCCAAUACAAAAAGCCAAUACAAAAAUAAGAGAGUCAAAGCUAUCAGAGUUAUAUAUUGAAUUCUAUAAUCUAUCUACAGCAAAUAAAAUCAACUUCUCUUCUGAGAGAGCAGGCAAGAUUAAAGAAAUCCAAGAGAAGAUCAAUAAAGAAAUAUCUGAAAGAAUAGAACACAAUUUAAAUAAAUUAAAUAUCAAAUUUUGCUACAAGAAUAAUAAAGCUGAUGCUACGCUAACUAACAAAUUAAAGAAACAAAAUUUGGAAAAGAAAAUUUUCAAACUAGUGGUUGAUGAUAAGAACAUCCUCAAACCUGAGGAUUUAGCCAAAAGCUUCAGAGAUUUUUACAAAAAGCUUUAUAAUUUAACCCCUUAAGGACCAAACUUCUGGAAUAAAAGGGGAUCAUGACAUGUCACACAACUUUAGCCCGGAAAAGGAAGAUGUAGAGAACUAUCUAAUGAAUAUUAAAUUACCUAAAAUCUCGUUGGAUCAGAAGCAAAGUCUAAAUAAGACUAAAUCUAAUGAAGACGUAGAACAGGCAAUAAAUAAUCUUGUAAACAAAAAAGCUCCGGGACCGGAUGGAUGUUCUAAUCUAUUUUAUAAAACCUUCAAAAAACAAAUCAUUCCCAUACUUUCAGUCACUUUUAACUAAAUCGCAGGCAAAAGCCAAGCUUCUUAUGAUUUACUAAGAGCCCAUAUCUUCCCGAAAUUGAAACCGGGUAAAUCCUCUAUGUUCAUCUCAUUGAUAAACGUGGACAUUAAGUUAUUCGCUGCUAUAUUAGCGGCUAGACUACAAAAAAUUCUCCCGUCCAUUAUUCACCCCGAUCAGAUCAGUUUUAUUUCGGGGAGGCAGUCUAGUAAUAACUUUCGAAGAAUGUUGGAGAUCAUUGACUGGGCUCGGAAUAAGGGGACACCCCUGUCGGUAGAUCCCGAGAAAGCCUUCGACAGGGUCGGAUGGGGCUUCCUCAGUAGGACUAUGUCACUCUUUGGAUUUGAGGGUUGGUUCAUGGGAGCAGUGGGGGCACUUUACUCAAACCUCUCAGCUAGGAUAGUGGGACGGGAUGUUCUGAUAUCUCUAAUGGCACACGCCAGGGAUGCCCACUUUCUGUUAUACGUUCUAUCAAUUGAACCAUUUGCCUGUAAAAUAAAAGGGAUAGCUAUCCCUGGAGAUGAAUUAAAGAUCUGCCUUUAUGCAGGCAUACUUAUGUCUAUAUCUGAGCCUAGAUCCUCUCUCUACCAAUUUUUUGUAAUUUUUUUUUUUUUUAUAAAUUCUUUAUUUUUAUUGGUUUUUGUAUAAUGUGGGGAAGGGAUUACAGAAAGAAGUUGGGAUGAAACAUUAGUUUUACAUAUAACAUUUUGUAACAGUUUUAAUAAUUCAGGUAUUGAUAUUCUCGUUGAGCUGUCGUGCCUAGGUUACAUCAGUCUUCUUGGGUGGUGUUUGACAUGAGUUUGUAGUACCCAAUUCUAGGAAGGCCUGGGGGUCAGGAAAGGUGGGUUCGGGCAGCGGAGGGGGCGGGUGUCUGAUGAGGAUAGAGGCUCUCUACCAAUUUUGAUGCAAGAGUUUGAAAAAUAUAGCUUGGUCUCAAACUACAAAUUAAAUGUCAAUAAAUCAACAGCCUUAGUAAAUAACGUCCAAGACACGACUUUACAAAUAUUGAAGCAAACCUAUGACUUUAAUUGGCCCACAAAAGGAGUUUGCCUACCUCGGACUAAUGUUAACUGCUGAUCCUAGAAGGUAUAUGGAAUUAAAUUUUAUGAGACUACUGAAAGAAACGAAUAGAUUAUGGAGAUCACAUGAGAUCUCAUGGUGGGGAAGGAUUAAUACCAUUAAAGCUUAUAUAACUCCCAAGUGGACUUACCUGUUCCGCAUGAUUCCUCUCCACAUAUCUGCGCACUGGCUUAAUAUGGUUCAAAGUAGUUUUACAAAUUAUAUUUGGAGAGGAAAAGAGCCAAGCAUCAACAGUUUCGCUAUCAAAAAAAAAGAUGCGAUGGAGGUAUUGGUUACCCAUUAAUAAGUCAGUCAUACCAGGCUAACAUGGUAAUACAUGCUACUAAUCUCCAAAGGACUGACUCAGUGGACCAGCCAUGGUAUAAGCUACAAGCUCAUAGAAUAAGAUGGGAUAAUUUAGAACCACUUUUAUGGAAGAAAUAAUAUCAAUAAUAAUAUCAAAUUAAAAACUAUAACAGAAAAUUACUCUUUAAUAUUAUUUCAAACACUAAGGGAAUGGAAAAGCAUAAAGAGAAAACUUAAAGGACCACUAUAGUGCCAGGAAAACAUACUCCUUUUCCUGGCACAAUAGUGCCCUGAGGGUGCCCCCACCCUCAGGGUCCCCCUCCCACAGGUCUGGAUGGCGAGGAAAGGGGUUAAACUUACCUUUAUUGCAGCGCCGGGCGGGGAGCUCUCCGCAUCCGAUCCUCCUCGUCAGCUGAAUGCGCAUGCGCGGCAGGAGCUGUGCGCGCAUUCAGCCGGUCUCAUAGGAAAUCAUUUACAAUGCUUUCCUAUGGACGCUUGCGUGUUCUCACUGUGAUUUUCAGUGAGAAGCACACAAGCGCCUCUAGCGGCUGUCAAUGAGACAGCCACUAGAGGAUUUGGAGGCUGGAUUAACUCAUUUAUAAACAUAGCAGUUUCUCUGAAACUGCUAUGUUUAUAUAAAAAAAGGGGUUAAUCCUAGAGGGACCUGGCACCCAGACCACUUCAUUAAGCUGAAGUGGUCUGGGUGCUUAGAGUGGUCCUUUAAUAUUGAAAACGUAAUCCCGGCUACACUAUCUUUAAAAUAUUUGUAAUAUAUUAUAACACAAAUUGAUCUUAAAAACUGGCACAAAAAUAAUAUUCGGAUUAACGAUUUAUACUGACCGACAUUUGAAAAGCUAUACUGAGCUAUCUAUUUUACUAGAUUUACCAUCAAAUUUAAUUACCUGCAGAUAAAGUUUUUUGAGAGAACAUAUCCUAACUGGGCACGAUAAUCUAGGAUCUUUAAUUAAUGGAGUUCUAUCGGUUAAGCCCUCUAAACAUUACUAUGCCAAAGCACUUGAGGCAAGAAAAUCAACUGGUCGCCCUAAUACCCCAAUGGCACUUACGAAAUGGGAAUCUGAUUUAUCCUCAGAUAUACAAUAUACUUUAUGGUGCCAAGCAUUUAUAAAGCUCAAAAAAUAUAUCCACUGUUUAAAUAUCCUCGAGACCUAUGUAAAAAUAUCUUAUAGAUGGUACUUAGUUCCUAUAAGACUUAACAAAAUCUCUCUAAGUAAUCUCCCAAAUUGCUGGAGAUGUCGCAUAGAUGGUUCAAUGUUACAUAUUUGGUGGAAUUUCCCAGAAAAUUAUCCCAUUCUGGGAUUUAUCUUUUGAACUAAUAAAUAAGAUAGGAGCAGUAACAUUAGAGAAAAAAACAGAAAUUGCACUAUUACAUCUACAUGGGAAAGAAGACAGUAAAAAAGCAGAGAUUUUAAUAAUACAUUGCCUUAUGGCAACAAAGAUACUAAUUGCGAAAGGUUGGAAACAAACUAAUAUACCAUCUAAGCUACAUUAUAAAGCCCAAGUGUUAAAACAACUAGAGAUGGAAUUAGGUGUUAUUUUUUUAUAAUCCUUACACUAAUCGUAAAUCUCUCGACUUAUAUAAAAGUCUGAUCGUAGAUAUUAAGUAGUUUUGAUAGAAACAAAGCAUCCGAUCAAUAUUAUAAUUUAGACUUUAUAAGUUAUAGAGACCGAAAUAUUGUCAAGGGAAACAUCUACUAAUAUGCCUAUAUUAGAUAUCACGAUGGCUUGACUAUAUUUACUAAGAUUAUAAAUUGCUGAUUAAUGUACUCUAGAACUUUAUUGGCUACCAUAUUCGGUUAGAGUAGCGACAUAUGACAACUCUCCUUCUUUUCCCCCUCUUCUUUAAAUCUUAAUAAUCUAAGUUUGAUAGAUUGUAUGGUGUUCUGAUCCUGCUAAACUGAAAGGAAAGAUAAUGCUAUAUAACUCUAUUACUCCCACUUCAAAGUUACAUUUCAACUGACUUAGAAGACCAAAAAUAUGUUUGAAUGAUUGUAUGAUUUGCUUAGGAUGAGUGAAGGCCAUACAAAGUGUAAUUAUAAAAAAGAAUGUGAUAUCCUAUUUAGAUGUACUUAAAUGUUUAUUGGAAAAUUGCGCCUCCUUUAUAAUAUUGCUGCUAUUAUAAUACUAACAUAAUGGAGACCGUGUAUGUUACUUACAUAUGGAAAAGAAAGGGGAGAGAAAAAAAAAGUAAUUGUUAUGUAUUGGCCUUUUGAAUGCAUUGGGCUUUGUAAGAGCCGUCUUUGUACGUAUUAAUUGUUUCAAAAAUUUAAUAAAAAUAAGUAAAAAAAUAUAAACAAUAGCAUGUGUGAUACUGGCUUUACAUUGUCUGCGCUGCAUGCCAUUAGCUUAAAGGGACAUAAUGAGCAUCUGUAAUUGCAUUAUAUAGAUUAAUGAUAUCCAAAUGCAAGUGCCCCUGGACUUUGCAACUUCUGCUGUGAGCUGUCCUCAAACCAAGCACUGUUUAGCUACUCCCAUAGACAGUGCUUUAUUGCCACACCAAGGGUUUCUGGGAGAUGUAGAAAGCCAACCACUGGACUACCUCAGCAAGGUGCCAAAUGAACUACAACUCGUCAAAACAAAGCAGUGUACAGGAGUGUACACACAGGCAGAAAUGUUGGACUACUGUAGUAAAAAAAAAUGUAAAAAAUUGCAUAACGAAAUGUAACUUUAUUUACACAUUUCAACAUAGUGUGGGAUACUGCACAACAUUAGAUUAAAUGUUCCCUGCUCUGUAUAACAGAUCUAACCGGUUGCCUUUCUUUUCCAACAGGUUAAAGAUCUGGAUAAUCGUGGAUUGUCAAGAACAUAA